GGAAGUUUUGCAGCAGACUCAGCCUCCAAUGUGCAAUCCUGGCUGCUUUGCAGGAUUACCGAGAGGAUGGGAUGGAUUUAGCCAGUGACGCCUGCAGCAGCAGCCGCUCCAGCUCACGGUCUAACUCCAGCAAAGUGACCCCGUGCUCAGAGUGCAAAUCCUCCUCCUCCCCCUGCUCCUCCUCCUCCCCCGGCAGCCUGGACUUGGUGGCUGCCCUGGAGGACUAUGAGGAGGAGGAGAGUUUCCAGGUCUAUCGGAAGACGGUGAUUGAUGAGUGGGAAGAAGAAGAGGACGAGGAGGAAGAGGAGGAGGAAGAAGAGGAGGACAACAACGACCCAGGGUACAGGGACUCGGGGCACAGCUCUGGGUACAACCGCUAUGAAAAGCCGGCCAGCUCGAGGAGUUACUCGAAGGAGCUGGGCGCUGUGAAGCCCCCCGCUUCCAGCAGGAGCACGAUCAGCAACACCCCCACUGGCGGCGGCAGCACCGGCACCGGCACCGGCACUGGCGCCCGGAGCACCGUCAUGCCGCCCCCGAUUCCCAAUGGCAACCUCCAUCCCCCUCCGGACCUCAGACACAACGGCAACAUGGUGACGGCCGAUCGGCCGGUGACUGGCCACCGGGGAGGCCACCCAAACCCCCUGCAGAAAGGGCGGCGAGGUGGGAGACUGGGCGGCCCGGGCUCGGGGCCCGCGGGGCUCCUCCCGCUUCACCCUCUGGACAGUGGGACUUGUCUCAAGGAGGAGCCCCAGCUCCCCACUAUGGACUGGGAGGCUUUGGAAAGGCAUCUGGCUGGCUUACAGUUUCAGGAACAGGAGGGACGCAACCAGAGCCAAGGGAAACCCAACUCCGCCUCGGCACAGAAAAACGAGAGAGAAUCCAUCAGGCAGAAGUUGGCGCUUGGGAGUUUCUUUGAUGAUGGCCCAGGAAUUUAUACCAGCUGCAGCAAAAGUGGGAAACCAAGUCUUUCAUCCCGGCUACAAAGUGGGAUGAAUUUGCAAAUUUGUUUUGUGAAUGACAGCGGCAGUGACAAAGACAGUGACGCGGAUGACAGUAAGACAGAAACAAGCCUGGACACCCCUUUGUCUCCUAUGAGCAAGCAGAGCUCUUCCUACUCUGAUAGAGACACAACUGAAGAGGAGUCAGAGUCCCUGGAUGACAUGGAUUUCCUCACCAGACAAAGGAAGCUGCAAGCAGAGGCCAAGAUGGCACUCGCAAUGGCCAAGCCAAUGGCCAAGAUGCAAGUAGAAGUGGAGAAACAAAACAGGAAAAAAUCUCCAGUGGCUGAUCUUCUUCCUCACAUGCCUCAUAUAAGUGAAUGUUUGAUGAAAAGAAGUUUAAAACCUACUGACCUGAGAGACAUGACCAUUGGGCAGCUACAAGUGAUAGUCAACGAUCUCCACUCCCAAAUAGAGAGCUUAAAUGAAGAGCUGGUCCAGCUGCUUCUCAUCCGAGAUGAACUGCACACAGAGCAAGACGCCAUGUUGGUCGACAUAGAAGAUCUGACUAGACAUGCCGAAAGCCAGCAGAAGCACUUGGCCGAGAAAAUGCCAGCAAAAUGAUCCUGGGAGCCCCCUCCAGGAGACCGAGCUCGAGAAACGAUUUUGCUUCUGUGGUCGUAAAAUGUGGAUCCACCCUCGGAAGGGUGCACCAAGAAACAAAAAAUCAGUGUUAGUCAUUGAUGAUGUCCGAAGCUUCAUGUCCAGUGAUUGAUUGGCCUUUGCUUCUUAAUUUAUUUUCCUUUUAACUCGUGCCACUAAAUAGCCGGCAUUUUAAUAAAAUACAGUUAUGAGAAGAAAAUGUACAGUAGCCAUGCUGUUACAAACCAUGCUUGGGAACAGAGGGUAGUUUAACUUUCUUUUGGAUUUGGUUUAGAGGCUUCAGUUGAACCCGUCCUUUCCCAUUGCCGACUUUAUUCCUCACUGUAGUUCACUCUAAAGAAGAAGCUGUCCAAGCCGGUGCUAUCCAAGUCCAAACCAUACCUGCCUGCCUCGUCGUGAAGUUGUAGCUUUCUGUCAUCUGGAUAUUUUAAUCAGUUUUCAACAUUUUGUGAAUGUUGACUACCUGACCUUCAUUUUUAGAUGUGCUAUUAACAUUCACCUGGACUCAGAGAGUUUCCCUGGAACGUUUUAUGUAUAAAUAUGUAAAAUAAAAAUGGAAAAUUUGUUUCA